CUUUAAACACAGCUGUUAAUAUUUACUUUAAGAUACCUGCAGUCUGUAACGAGUUCUUAAAGUAAACGCUUGCAAAAAAGUGCGCGUUUGUAAAUAAAUAAUUUGCUUUGCUUAAAUUUUUACAUUUAUACAUUAUUAUAAUGUUACCGAGUCCUGCAGGCAAUGGCGUACCAGACAAGGCGUGGCAGCCACCGUUUGUUACACUUGAAACAAGCAUGGGCGAAAUAACAGUGGAGCUCUAUUGGAAACAUGCACCAAACACAUGCUAUAACUUUGCGGAGCUGUCCCGGCGUGGUUACUACAACAAUGUUGUAUUUCAUCGCAUAAUUCGUGACUUUAUGAUACAGGGCGGUGAUCCCACGGGUACGGGACGUGGAGGUACUUCGGUUUAUGGAAGUGAAUUUGCCGAUGAGCUGCACAGUGAUUUGAAACAUACUGGCGCUGGCAUACUAUCUAUGGCCAAUUCUGGUCCAGAUACAAAUGGUUCACAAUUCUUUAUAACGCUGGCGCCCACACAGUGGCUGGACAAUAAGCACACCAUCUUUGGGCGUGUUUAUACUGGCAUGGAAGUGGUUAAACGCAUAGGCAUGGUGGAGACGGACAAAAAUGAUCGUCCUAUAGAUCCCCUGCGUAUUGUCAAAGCUAAAGUAGAGAAAGUUUAAUGAAUCUUUAAU